GACUUGUUACAACAGAUUAGUCUGGAUGGCUCUGAAGAAUCAACAACCAUGAAUUUAAGUUAAUGUUUACAAUUUAAAUUCCAAUGAUUACAAUUGAAGUGUCUUGAUGUAAAUAAAAAAAGUUAGCAAAAUUAAAGUUACCUAAAGGUAUCUCCAUCUGCCGUUACUUUAUAUAACCAUUUACCACGUUUCCGGAUUUCCUAAGAAUCCUGUCCUAUUAAGACUGAAAUUGUUUCAUUUAUAAUCAUCUCUUCUAGUUAUUUAUUAGUCUUUUAAUCAAAUAAACCUUUUCAUCAUGUAUGUCCCAGAACGUGUUUGGAUUGAUCGAAGUCUUUAUGUCGAAGCAGAGUCACGCUUUUUCUCUGGACAGACUUAUUCAGCUAGUGAUGCUAAAAGCAAUGCUUCUCAAAACGCUCUUGUCCAACGAAUUGCUGACUUAGAAGUUGAAAAUAGAGAGAUUAAGAAAGCCUUUGAAGACUUAGUUAAACGUGUAGCCUCGUUAGAAAUUAAAUGCAGUACUUGUGCACCAGCACCAGCUUCAGCACCAGCUAAGAGUAAAGCCGCCCCUGCCAAGUCAGCACCAGUUGCUGAUGAUGACGAUGAUGAUUUAGAUCUUUUCGGUGAUGAUGAUGCACCAAAGAAACCCGUAGUAGCCCCAGUUAAAGUUGAGAAGAAGAAGAAAGCUGAAGUAAUCGCAAAAUCAUCCGUCGUAUUGGAUAUUAAGCCUUGGGAUGAUGAAACAAACAUGGAAGAAAUGGAGAAAGCUGUCCGUUCCAUUGAAAAAGACGGUCUUCUAUGGGGAUCUUCCAAAUUGGUAACAAUCGCUUAUGGAGUAAAGAAAUUACAAAUUGUCUGUGUCGUGGAGGACGAAAAAGUCAGCAUUGAAGAGCUUCAAGAACAAAUCGAGGAAUUUUCCGACUAUGUUCAAAGUGUUGAUAUAGCAGCUUUCAAUAAGAUCUAAACGCACUCAAUUAUGUAUCAAUUGAUUUUUAUUGGUAAUAAAGCAAAUUAGGGUUAAUUAAAUUUUAUUCCGAAAAAAAGUUAA